GAGGUAUUUUUGUCCAAAUAUUUGUGUUAAAGUUUAGUGACACUAAAAUCACUAUUCACCUUUUUCAUUGGCUUUAUAUAUAGAUAACAUCUUCAUCUGCAUGAAACAACUAGCUGUUUGCUGCAGAGAAUGCUACCAAACUUCGGUUUCUGCCACUCGAAUCUGCUCUCUCUCUACUUGAUCCACAUUGUAAACUGAAAGCCUCCCAAACUUAGCCAUUCAGGCAUCGUUGCUGUAAGCUUCCAUGUAGCUAAACUCUCUCUCUCUCUCUCUCUCUCUCUCUCUCUCUCUCUUUCACACACACACACACACGCACAAUUUCUUUUUAUUGUCAAGCUAGCAGGGAAUACUGAAUUACUGAUCAUCACGGUGUAUCAUAAACUCGAUUCAGUAGUUAUGGCUAGAAGAGAAGCUUUAGAUGUGGAGAACCAGGAAAGAUCUGUUAUAGGACAGUGCAUCAACGAUUACAAUGGCAUUAGAUGCCCUAAUAAAGGGGAUGCAGGAUGGACAGUGGAAAUUACAUCCCAAGCGGAGUAUGAUAUUUGUUAUGCUAUGUGUGUUUGCCAUCUCAAUAGAUCCUUUGUUCUUUUACAUUUUAAUCAUUGAUCAAGAUUACAAGUGCCUUCAAAUGGACAAAAAGCUGAGAACUACUGUUCUUGUGUUGCGAUCACUCACGGAUAUCAUUUUCGCCGUGCCUUUUAUAUAUAAAAUUUACGUUGGUGUUCAAGCUCAAAUGCACAAAAAUUCGGGGACUAAUGAGGCUGCAAAUACCAUGACAAAUUUGUAUCGGGAAUCAAAAAGGGAAGAGUUGAUUGAAGUUGGCAAGAAAAUUGAUCAGAAGAUGUCGUGGUUAUAUUUCUCCAUCAUAAAUGAUUUUCUCGCUCUUCUUCCUGUCCCACAACUGCUAAUAGUAGUUACUUUUUACCAUAUGAGAGGCGCUGAAUAUGUGGAGCAUAGAACGAUCAUGAAUGUCUUCAUUGUUGGUCAAUAUCUACCAAGGAUAUAUCGAAUUCACCGGUCCUCUGAGGAACUUCGAAAGAAUGCUGGAAUUUGGGUUAAAGGUCUAUUAUAUUUUUUUCUCUACAUGGUUGCCAGUCACAUACUUGGAGCUUUAUGGUAUUUCUUUUCUAUUCAACAAGAGACAUUAUGCUGGCACAAUGCCUGUGCAAAACAUAGUCCAGAUCCUAUUGGAUGUAUGAAUACUUUCUACUGUGGACGUCGAACUACUACUUCGAGAAAUAUAACGCUUCUUAAUGAGUAUUGCCCGUUAGAUACUCCAGAUGGUGCCUUACCACCAUUUAAUUUCGGAAUAUUUCUCGAUUCCCUUAAGAACCAUAACUUAGAGAAUAUAAAGUUCGAAAAGAAGUUCUUUUACUCUUUCUGGUGGGGCUUGCGAAAUCUAAGUAAUUUUGGGACGAAUCUGACAACAAGUACAUAUGUGAUGGAAAACUUGUUUGCGAUUCUCAUUUCUGCCUUGGGCUUGCUACUAUUUCUAUAUCUCAUUGGAAACGUGCAGACUUUUAUACAGAUGGAAGCUACAAAAAAAGAGGAGAUGAGAGGCGGAAAGAUAUAUGAGAAGAGGCAAUGGGUACGCAUCCAGGUAGACAUCUGGAUGCAGGAACAUAAAUUCCCUGAUGAUAUCAAGAACGAAAUCAGGAAUAGCAUAGAGCAAGCAUUGAAAAGUAACAAAGAUGUUGAUGUCAACAACCCAUUCCUUAUUCUUUAUCCGAAAACCAAAAUAUCUAUAAAACGCUUUCUUUUCAUGGAUACACUUAGAACAGUAAAUAUACUUAAAGACACAAAUCAAAGAGUGUUGGAGUUGAUGUGCGACUAUCUGAAGCCAGUGACAUACAGUUUUAACAGUUUCGUUUUUCGAAUUGGAGAUCCACUCGACUGCAUGCUGUUCAUUAUCGAAGGGACAAUGUGGACCUACACGUCGAGUGAUAGUCAUGCUGGGCAAGGAAUCUCAUCAAUGGCCAUCAAGCCCCUCAGGAAAGGUGACUUUUACGGGGAAGAGCUUCUCGAUUGGGCAUCAGACAGUUUCACCGAACUUCCAGUCUCCAGCAAAUAUGUCAAAAGUCAGACAAAAGUAGAAGCAUUUGUACUCAUGGCCAAGGACUUGGAAACCGUAGUCUCCAGAUGCAAAAACUAUUGGGGCUUGUACAAUCCCGAAGAGGUGGCACUUUCAACUGUUCGUCGUAUCCGUAGAAGGGCAACAACGUCCGCGCCCGUCCCCGGCUGAAAUAUGGAAUGACAUUGGUGAGAUCUUGCCAUCCACAGCAAGCAAUUAGUAUCUUCAUAAACGUCGUAGUCGAGAUGCUCUAUUUAUGCCCAAGAGUUCUAUACACAACCCUAGCUGAGUACAUUCUGUAUAAGCUCUGGCCUUAAAACAAUACUAUUAUUGGUUGAUAAUUAGCCCGUACGUUUCAAUAAUUCAGCAGUGGUAGCCACAAUCUCAUUUCUCUUAGGGAUAUGUUUAUGUUGGUCAUGUUCUGAAACAUUUGCAGUUAUGAGGUUUAAGUUAUUAGGCAUAGAAAGCUCUAAACCUUAUAUAUCGUGCUGCUUUAUGUUAUAUAUGGUAAUUCACUAUUUCGAUGCCGAUACGGUAGUUCACUGUUCAAGGCAGUUUUUGAGUUUUUAAUGGCCUAGGGCGAUAAACAAAUGGGGCUAUUUUCUACACU